CAGCGGUUCUGUAAAGACAGUAAAGAGGAGGAGAAGAAGAUCCAGUCCGCUGUGUUAUUAUAGAGAAACAGGAGCUGAUCUACUGAAGGACUGAAGGAAUGCCCUGUUAUUUUACUGCUUUUAGUAUUCAGUGUACCAUAGAGUACCAAAUUAAUUACCCAAACACAUCAAUGAACACCACCACAAGGAAUUCGUCUUGUUGUUAAAAUCGGAGGUUGAAUAUAAGAAUAUGGAGUCCAUAAAUUCCAGCGUUCAGGAAGUUUCCUCUACUCAGCACAUAAAUGAACAAAGCAUUUCUGAGACAAUAAUGUCCCACCCAUGUACAGUUUGUGGAAUGAGUUUUGAAAAUAUUAGUAUCCUUGAAAUGCACCAGUGCAUUCACACCGGAGAGAAACCAUAUUGCUGUUCAGACUGUGGAAUGAGUUUUAAUCAGAAUAGCAGUCUCCAAAAACACCAGCGCAUACAUGUAGGAGAGAAACCAUUUCAGUGCUCAGACUGUGGAAAGAGUUUUAUUGAAAAGCGUGCCCUUAAGAAUCACCGGCGCAUUCACACAGGAGAGAAACCAUUCGAGUGCUCAGAAUGUGGAAAGAGUUUUAUUGAGAGUGGGGCUCUCAAGAAUCACCAGCGUGUUCACACUGGAGAGAAACCGUUUCACUGUUCAGAGUGUGGGAAAAGUUUUAAUCAGCAUAGUUCUCUCCAAACACACAAGCGCAUUCACACUGGGGAGAAACCGUAUUUCUGUUCAGAGUGUGGAAAGAGUUUUAGUCAACAGAUUCAUCUGCAAAGACACCAGCGCAUUCACACUGGAGAGAAACCAUAUUUCUGCUCAGACUGUGGGAAGAUUUUUAGGGACAGUGGUACCCUCAGCAAGCACCAACGCAUUCACACAGGAGAUAAACCAUUUUGCUGCUCAGAAUGUGGGAUGAGUUUUAAUCAAAACGGCAGUCUCCAAAAACACCUGCGUGUUCACACAGGAGAAAGACCGUAUGUCUGCCCAGAGUGUGGACAGGGAUUCACUGAGAGUGGUGCCCUCAAGAAUCACCUGCGCAUUCACACUGGAGAGAAACCAUUUACCUGUUUACAGUGUGGGAAAAGUUUUAAUCAACGUGGAUCUCUCCGAGCACACAAGCGCAUUCACACUGGAGAGAAACCGUUUCAGUGCUCAAACUGUGGGAAGAAUUUUAGAGAGAUUGGUUUUCUCCGGAAACACCAGCGGAUUCACAUAGGAGAGACCCCGUGUGACUAAAUGGUGCAGUAAUCAAUGUUUUAGCGGAAUCGAUAAUUGGCAGUUUAUAAAAUGUUUCUCAAUAAGGGGGAUUUCUGUAAUACCAUUACAGAAUUACCACAUUAACAUAAAUCUCUACAACAUCCCACAGAACUGAUCAUUGUCAUUAACUGUCAUCUCUUCAUGCAUUUUCAUGCUUCAUUUAGGAUGGCUGGGAGAGUACCAGAUAUAGAACUCUGCAAUUGUAGUUUCAGUGUCUUACAUAAAGCAGGCUGGUCAAUGUUUGCAAUUAAUGCACUGUCAUAUUCAGUAAUGGCAUAGUUACCUUGAAGAAAUAUGAUUACUGAUUACUCCUACUUACUACUUGAUUUUAAAAAUAACUAAGUUAUCAACAUAACAUAACCAGUUUUGUCAAAACUUUGGGACUUGUUCUGUAAGGAUGCCUCUGCAACACCAAGUGUUUCUUUGAAUUUGACGUUGUGUUUUUGAAGCUAGGUAGCAUUUCGUCACCAACACAGAGUGAACAACCAACCUCAAUAUUGUCAUUUAGCUGAUACAAACUCAGAAAAGUAUAUUUUCAGCUACAAAACAUGCAUCUCUUUCCUCCCAUCAGUGUUUAUGAUUGUGUCACUGCGUGGUGUUAAACACAAGUUAUGCUUAUGCUGAAAGCAAAAUUUUUCCCACUAUAAGGUGCAUUUAAAAUCAAUUAAAUUUUACAAAAAUCAUCAGUGCUUAUAUUGUAGUGGGCCUUAUGUAUUAAUUUUAGAGCAGUAAAGCCACUCCACUGAAGUAAAGCAUUUCAGUUUUUUCCAGCAGUAUUAGCAUUAGCCGCUAAGGGCUAGCUCAUUGGCAGUUUAGAAGUAAAUAUUUUCAGCCCCGACUAGCACUGCUGGAGCAGUAUUACUAUUACCGUUAGCGGUGAGCGGCUAAUGCUCCAGCUUUAGUGGAAAUCUAAGCUUACUGUAAAUAAACAGACGCACGUAACUCACCAAAUAAACAGUUGUCAGGAGAAAAAUCUGUGUGGAUUAACAUUCAGCGCUCAUUUGACUUGUCUCUCUCAACUAAAACGUUUUUUAAAGAAUUACAGUUUUGUUUACUUAGUGAGACCUGCUGAAUUAAAACAUGGGGACACCACUGUUACUUACAAAUGUCGCUUAAAAUGCGCAUUAUAAUGCGUUGCACCAUAUGUAUGAAAAUUGCUCAGAUAAUAGACGUUUUUUGAUCGUUAGCUUUAUAAUCCGGUGCGCUUUAUAGUGAGAAAAAUAUGCAAUACUGACAUCACUGGUCACAUUUGUGUAAAAUGCUGUAAUAUUUCUCUACCAAAUCAGUCCAACUGCUGCUUUCACUUUCAUUGAUGGCUCUGUAUCUCUCCGAUUGUCCAGGAAUGCAUGUUGUUGUUUCCGGCUUUAAGUAAAGGAUACAUUUUUGAUGUACAGAAAGUACAUCAAAAUGACCAGUAACAUUCUCAAUGAAUUGAGCUAAAAAAACUGCACUCUGUAAACUAACUGUAAAUAUUUACAUAAUUUCAUCAUCAUUCAAGUGAAAUGAUCAAAGAAAAAACUAAUACUUUAUAUUUACUAUACUUGUGUGUGUUGGUGUAUGUUUAUUAUGAUUACUAUCUUAUUUUUUUUUCUUGAUAUUUAUAUUAUAAUUUUUUACACUAUCCUAUCCUAUUUAUUUAUACAAUAUCCUGUCCUGUGGUUUCAUGUGAGUAGACAGUUAUCAAAGUAUUUCACUUUUUUAAUUAUACUGUUUAUGCCAAAUAAACUCUUAAUUCAAUUUAAA